CACAUCGGAGUCACAAUAGUCCCAGAGUGCGAUGGGUCACGAAACGUGUCCGUGUGCACGGCUGCACGUCGGGCAGCGUCUGAAAAUCGUAAUUCAUGUGAAGACUCCGCUAGGAGGAGCAGCAAGACAGAUCCCGAAUUGCUUGCCGCUCGCUUUCAAAACGUGCUGCUGAGAUACAGCUGCAAGAAACCCAUCUGCCCAUGCAUCCUUCCAUCACGAUUUGGGGGCAGCUCAAUGGCCUACGAAUACUGUGGAGGAGCAAGGAUGUAAAUGAUCCAGCGGCGUCGGCAAUAGCAGCAAGCUGUCCUGAUUCGAAACAGACACAUCUUCUUCUUGAUACCCAUACACAUAGAUUGAAAGCCACAAACAGGUCCGACACGUGCCAAGGCUUGCUACUUCGCGACGGGGCGCAAAUCCCUGAAUUCCAAAUUCGUCGUGCCGAGCGCAUGGCAGGUCUUAGGGAUCGUUUCACAGCAAGCCUGCAUUCUUCAUUUGAAGCCGGAUACCACACCAUGAUGGGCGCCACAGCGCACAAUCUCGCCACACACCGCGAGAAUGGCGUUGGGUGCGAUUUACCAGUCACCAAUGGAAUUAGAGAGUGGGAAAUGAAUGCGAUCGUUAUUUGCAGGGUCAUACAGCGAGCGGGGGAUCUGAUGAAGAAUGUGUGCUGACGACGCAAGCAAGAAGGAAAUCAAUACCAAAGUUGAAUGUCCGAAAAUAUUGUUCUCGAGAAGCAGCGAAUGGGGUUGG